AUGAAAUGUGUGAGAAACUACAAAAGGGAGUUCACAGAUCGAUUCAAGUGGUACUAUCCAUUGGAGAGAGCAGCACGAAUAUCCAGGUGCAACGGGAUAUUGAAACUGCUCUUUCUUGAUAAAGAAGUUGUUAUUGAAGAAGAUGAAAUUGAAUCAGUCUCAAUGGGGAUGUACAGUAACACGGUACCAAUGAAUGAUGCUGAAAAUAUUCUGUACAAAAAGGGAGUACGAAUACUGGAAACAAUGUAUAGGAAGACACAGGAGAAGAGGCAGAAACAGCAGAAUGAGAUGGUAGAGGAGUUGGAGGAGGAACGAGCUAGGAAAUUCAGGAAGAAUAAUGGAAUGGGAGAAGAGGUGGAUUUAGUAGAAACCAGGCUAAAUAAAAUAGAAUUAGUGAAGUUAAAAGAAGGGAGAAAACGACCUAUGAAAUCAGGUAGAAAAAAGAGGAAGAAAGUAAAAAUAGAAGAGAGUGAAGGAAAGAGAAAGAGGUGUUGGAAUAGGAGACGUGGGGCUGUAGUACUGAUAAACACCAGAAGAGAUGCUAAUGUGACUGAACAUGUGUUGAGUGACUACAACAAGGUAUCAGACGUAGAUAGGCUCAUCAAUAGGAGCAUAAUUGACAUAUUGGCCAAUAAGGCGAGUGUGGGGGCAGUUGAGGAGACAGGCGUAUUGAGGGCAUUGGACAUGGAUGGGGCUGAAGGAAGUGAAGACGGAAAGGACGACCUGAAGACCAAGGCAAAGAAGAUUGAGGAAUACAUGAAAAUACGAAACGAAAUAGACAAAAAUGUAAGAAGAAUUCAGACUGAAAUUGAGGAGAGUCUGAAACAGAAGGAGGGAAUGAAAGAGACCGAUAGGAAGCAUUAUGACGGAAUGGUUGGUGAUGGAAGCUAUACACCAACGUACAUUGACAUCAGUGAGGAAGAUGUCCACAAAUUCAUGAAAUACGAGGAAGCAGUCAUCAACUAUGGAGACAGGUAUCUAGAGAAGAGGAUUCAGUCUCAAAUUGAGCCAAAAGAGUGUAAAAUAGACGACUAUCUUAGUGAAGUAGAAGAACCUAAAAAUAUACCAAAAAAGCGUGGGAGACCACGGACAAAGAAGAAGCAUGAUGAAAUAUGCAUAACUAACACACAUGAAAUAGAAUCACGAGUAGAUAGACGAAUUAAGUCGAGAAUAAAGCAUAAACAGGUGACUAAGAGCAAGAAGAUGGCACCACGAGUCAAAAUAAGCAUAGGAGGAAGCAGAAUGAUUGAAAGUAGUUUGACUAAAACAGUAAGGCCCAUUUCAAGGGCUGUUAAAAAAACACCCAUGAAAUACGAGAGAUUGGAAGAGGAGAAAACGAAGAAUGUCGACGAUGACCUGGAUGUUUGCAGAAUAGAUACGGAUUGCAACGGAAGCACAGAGGAGUCAUUUGAGAUUAGCGAGAUAGAGGAGCCACCUAGCAAAGUAGGGAGGUAUGAAAUGGAACAAAAGAGUUCGAGACCAAAACGAGGUGAUGAACAUGCCUCAUUUGUAGCCAAGAACCUGGCUAGCAGUAGUCCAAGGAAGACGAGAUUAGAAAUUGAAACAAGCGAAAGCAGCUGUGUUGUGAUUGAGGGAGUUGGAUACGAUGAAAUUAGUGGGGUAAAAAAGUGUGAGGAUUCUGGGGGAGUCAGGUUGGAGAAAUCAUCAACUGUCACUGAGGAUGAAUCAGCCAAAGUGUUACCGAAAAUGGAUCCUGUUGAUUCUGAUACACAUUCUGUUGUUGAAGUGGUAAAGGGAAUACUUGAAAGUAGUCAUUCUAACAAAGGUGCUGAUAACAGUCAACCUAGUGAAGUCACUGGUUCAUUCUGGGGAUACAGUGAAUCAGAUCAGAAUAAUCAGAGUAGUAGAAAUAGUACGAAAUCAUCAAAUUCUAAAUCAGUUGAUGAGUGCACUAAGAUGAAUGAAACCAGUCGAACUCAUUUUGACAAACUGAUCAAAAAUAUGCACCAAAACAAUGAGAAACACUCUCAGGUCCUAACAAAUGUCUGUUUGUGCUACAGUAUGGUAUCACCUGAAUACGAAAUCACCAGGCAGAAUGACGUAUUCAUGUGUGAAGCACUCUUCUACGAAUCAAAGUUCAAUAGCAGCUACGAGUACACGAAGAAGGAAGCAAAGGAGGCUGUAGCCAAACUGAUUCUGGAAUACAUGAAUGAUAAUUGGGAGAGUGUGAUUGAAUUGGGAGAGAAGAUGAAGAAGGACGCCAUUGGUGGAGUUCAUUCAAAUUGA